CUCUAGCCUUUACCUUUAGCUAGCUACUAUGCCUUGUUUCCUUAAAUUAGAUUAUCUAUAUAUAUACACUCCCAUGCUAAUCUUGUGUCUUACUGUCUUACAUUGUCCCCUUUUACUGCUAUUCCCUCUCUGUCUCUUUUCUGUUUUUCUGUCUCACAUAACAAAAUAGAUACAAAAUAUUCAAUUUUUUUUAUUGUUUUUUGGCAAUAGUGAAGUUUCUUUUCUUUAGUAUAUUAGCUCAUGAUGUUGAGAACAACCGAAAAGGUGUGCUUCACCCCUGAUUUCAAUGAGAAACCAAUCAUGUUUCUCAAGCAAACAAGUGGUGGUGGUGAUAGUGGAAGAGUCUUGGGAAACAAGAAGAGGGUCACCGGAAGUUGGACUUUCAGAUUUGCUAAAGAAUCUAAAUUUUCACCUGUGAGAUUCUUGCAGCAAAUAAGAGCAAAAAUGGUAAGUGCGAUUAGAGUUGUUUCUAUUAGAAGGAGAUCCUCUACGAAGGUUUCUUCUUCCUCUUUGGCCAGAUCACGUUCAGUGUCAGACCCCACUGAUUCACACCGUGCCAAAGCUGUGGAAGAUUGCAUUGAGUUCUUACAUUCUUCUUCAUCUAGAGAGAGACCAAGCUCAGUUUCUGAAUCUUCUGUCUAAGAAUGCAUGCUUUUGAUAUUUGUUCGUCUUUGCAAGAGAUGUAUAUUUGGGAAGAUGGUAUGCUUUAUUGGUUUCCAUUGGCAUGUUCAUUUGUAGGAAACAGAAGUUAGUCAUUUGUACACAGUACCACUUUGGUAAUGGAGUUUGACCAGAAAUUGAGAUUCUGCAUUGGUUUAAAUUAUGUUUUGUAUUGUGAACCUUAAUUGUUGAUUCAUAAGAAGACAUUGUACGUA